AUGGCAAGCACUCCUGAACGUUCAAAGAUUUCUUCAGGCGUCGGAGCUGUCCUAGUUUCCACAGAGAAACAUGUGAUACCUCGAGCCUAUUCACUGAUCGGACCAUGCUCCAACAACGUGGCUGAAUAUAAUGUGCUUCUCAUUGGACUCAGUUUCGCCAAAAAGCUAGAGGUGGAGUACCUUGAAGCCUUUGGUGAUUCCCAGCUAAUAAUCAACCAAGUUCGGGAUGAAUACGAAGUCAGGAAUCAAAACUUGAUCUCAUACCAUAAAGCGGUUAUUGAAAUGGCGAAAUCAUUUGAGGACUUCUUCAUCGAGUACAUCCCGCGCCUCCAGGAUACUUACACAGAUGCACUGCGGCAUUGA